ACAUUUAACUUCAAGCAUUUCUCAAGGCAACAUUUCAGUGAAUUUUCCAAGGAGAUGGAUUGUGACUACAUUGAUGAUUACUUUAAGCGUGGCUUUACCACAGAGGAAAUACUUCAUUUACUCUCUGAUUCUCACGGGAUUGUACUAAGCAAGCGCACCCUUGAGAGGAUUUUAAGCAAGAAGCAGCUCUGGCGUCGAAAGAACAAAACCAGUGUGGCUGAUGUGGCAGCUUUCAUUGAACAGCAACAGGAAACAUCUGGUCAGUCUCAUGGUUAUAGAUGGAUGCACCAAAAAUGUUGGCUGCAUGGAAUUGUAACUGACAGAGAAACUGUUCGAAUUCUGCUCUGUUUAUUGGAUGGUGAAGGUGUUGAUCUGAGGUCGAGAAAUAGACUGCGAAAGCGUGUUUAUCACAGCUGUGGUCCAAACUAUGUCUGGCACAUUGAUGGCUAUGAUAAGCUUAAGCCAUUUGGAAUUGCAAUAAGUGGAUGCAUUGAUGGGUUUUCAAGAAAGAUGAUCUGGCUUGAAGCUUACAAAACAAACAAUGACCCAAAGAUCAUUGCAGGCUACUACAUGGAUGCUGUAAUCAGCGCAGGUGGAUGUCCUGCCAGAGUCAGACUUGACUUAGGAACAGAAAAUGGAUAUGUUGCUGAGAUGCAGAGGUUUUUGCAUUUUUCUGAGACUCAAGCUGAAAGAGACAGUGUAACCUUUGGUCCAAGCACUGGAAAUCAGCGGAUUGAACGAUGGUGGCUGAUCUUGCGCAGUCAAUGUGUUCAGUUUUGGAUUGACCUCUUUGACAAACUAAGAGCAGAUGGCUACUUCUCAGACAACUUCUUGGACAAGUCCUUGGUCCAGUUCUGCUUUCUUCAAACAAUACAGGAAGAACUUAAUGAGGUUGUAUCAACUUGGAACAACCACAGAGUUCGUCAAGUACACAAUUCACGAUCACCUCAUGGACGCCCAUCCAUCUUGCAUGCUGUCCCUCAACUGUACGGAGGCAGAGAGUGUUUGCACCAUGUGGACCUUGAGAAGGUUCAAAUCUGCCUGGAUGAGUGCAUGUUUAAGGACUUCCCAUGUGAUGAAGACGUGUUCCAUGUCUGCGUGGACUUAAUGUCAGAGUAUAAUAUGAAACUAUCUGCUCUGAGGUAG